CAACAACAAAAGUGGAUGUAAUGUUGUUUUUAAAGUCACUGUACUAAAAUGAAAGGCCUCAUCAGUUCAAAUAUCUUAUCUUCAUAAUGGUCACGUGAUUUUGGGGUGGUUAGCUUAGCUUGACUUGGCUUUGUUUGUUGUUUUUGGAUUAAUUGUGGUAGCGGAAUUUGAUAAUUAAAGAUGAGUACCUCACGUUAAAGGCAGCAUCUUUUCCUUUUUAUCUGUAAAGUUAAAGAUUCAUUUGUUUUCUUCUCAGUGGUGAUUGAGGUGCGCCGGAAGAUGAUGACGGUUUUGGUUUUUGGGUUAGGAUUUGUUAUGUUGAUUUUUGUUCAGGCGAGUUAUGGUCAGGCUCCGAUUCCGACAAGGCAGGAUGGGUUUUGGUACGAGGAAAGAGUCGCCAGGGUUGAUUCUGUAAUGAUUGAAGCAUUCUUUGACCCUGUCUGUCCCGACAGUAGAGACUCGUGGCCGCCGCUCAAGCAAGCUCUAUCUCACUACGGCUCCCGUGUCUCCCUUGUCGUUCAUCCCUUUCCUUUGCCUUACCAUGACAAUGCAUUCGUUUGUUCCCGAGCGUUGCAUGUGGUCAACGGGUUGAAUUCUUCGGCCACUUUUCAGUUGCUGGAAUCUUUCUUCCACUACCAGGAGGGAUUCUACGGGCAAGCGACUUUCAACUUGUCAAGAGCGUCUGUUGUAGAUAAAGUAGCAAAAUUUGCAGCUAAAACAGUCGGGGGUUCCUCGUACACUAAACUCAAAUCUGGGUUAACCGACACCAAAACUGAUCACGCCACAAGAAUUUCCUUCAAGUAUGGUUGUGUGAAGGGGGUUUAUGGGACGCCUUUCUUCUUCGUGAAUGGUUUUCCAUUGCCUGAUGGUGGCUCUGCCUUAGACUACAAGAAAUGGAAAUCCAUCAUUGAUCCUUUGCUGUUCGCCUAGCUAUGGAAGAAGCUAUACAAACUACUUAAUUAGUUGAACUCGUUAUCGAUAGCUUACUGCGUUUAAGUUUUAUUACCUUAAAAAAAGUCGAAAAUUUAUAGUAUUUUGGAUCACUGUACUUAUUCCACUUCUUAAGAUCAAUGGUACAAUUGUAAGACUUAUGUGAUGAUUCAAAGUGUUUUAUUUAUGUGAAAUUUGGGCUAUGGAGACUAAAA